CAGCAAGUCAACACUUUAUUUUUUAUUUAGGAUGUAUUCCAUUAUUAUUAUAUAACCUCAAAAAAACCCAGGAAUGGAGCGACAGCUGUCAGGCCACAGCCUGAAGAAGGCACAGGGACAGCCCAGGUCCUUUUUAUCGACUCUUGAACCCCCCAUCUUCCAUGACAAGACAGAUAUCAUCUACAAUCACCGGGAGAGGGCGCAGAGACGACGGAUCGAAUGGCCAACAGUGGAUGACACCGUUCAGGCGAUUGUGAGGGCAGGCGAUGACACUCCAAAGACUCCUCUUCCCGCCACUGCCCAAGCCGUCGUCGACAGGGAAAUCGCACUGUGUGAUACCCGCCGCGGCUUGAUUCGAGACCUCGGCGUAUACGACCAGGUCUACCUGCGCGCCCCCAAAUGGCGAGGCGUGCUGAGAAACCUCUACUGGCGAGCCCGGCGCCAGUCUGCGGUCUGGGAUGUGUUCUGUCUGCUGGUUGAUCGCGGCUUCGUCCACCCACAGUGUCUUGUUGUCCCUGUUGAUCUCCAAUCCGACAGUCAGGACACCCAUCUUGUGAUCCUGCUUCUCUGCCGCUUUUCUUACAUCCGACAGGAUGAAGACGCCUUCCUGCAAAAUAAGAUCCCAUGUCAGACAGGGUCGUGGUAUGACGACAUUGAAUGGCUCGCCACGAUGAUUGUCCGCAGCGGUGUCGACCUGGAAAGACUCUUCGAUACAAUCCAAGCCUGUGGUUUCCUGGGUGACUGCAGCCCCGAGGAGCUGCAGGAAUUCAAGCAAGAGUAUCCCGACGCGCGCAUCACGCAUAACCCUCGCGAUCGAGAGGCGCAGCCUGGCCUGGACCCGGCCAGCGAGCAUGUCUUUGGCUUCUGGCUGCCGCACGGCCUGGCGUCCGACGAUGAGGACCUUUUUGGUCAGCAGCUUGCCGGCUGCCUCGGCAGGUUCAACGACAUUGAGAAGGCCUUCCGGGACACAGAAGAUAUUUCGCCAGACCAGCUGUGGCUCGAGAGAGAGCAGAUCGAGUUCUUUGGCCAGCGUGAGGAUUUGCUGCCAGGUUCGAAAAAUGACCAGCCCCAAGGCGACGUUUUGAUUGACGAUGCCGUCCAGUCUGGUCAACGCCUAUCUGCGUGAUGCAGAGAGCCGCUAUUUAACCCUAAAUAGGUGAACAUAAAGACUGGCGAGUGGAAAGUGAAGGUGAGG